UCCUCAAGACAAUUUCUCAAGCAUUUCAAAAAAAAUAAAUCCUCUUUCACACCUCUUUCUUUCCAAGAAAUAACAUUAUCUCAUUCUCAAGUCAGUAGUUUUAUUCCCUUUUUCAAACGUAGAGAAUGAAUAAGCAAAAGGUUGUUAUUGGGUUAUCGAUACAUGGUAAGGAUAAAAGAUCACGGUCCAAGGCUUUCAAGAUUGCCGUUUCUCAGCCAGGUGUGAAUUCAGCAGCUAUUAAAGAGGGAGAAAAUAACCAGUUAGAAGUGGAGGGUAACCAGAUUGAUGCAGCAGUGCUAAUCAAACGGCUUAGGAAGAAAUUGAAGAAGGGAGCAGAGUUGUUGAGUGUUGGCCCUGUUGACAAGAAAGAUGGUAACAAAAAAGAGGAUCCAAAAAUAGAAUUAGUUCCAAUGAUGCAAUGGCCAUCUUAUAAUUACCCAUAUCAUGUUGUACCUCAAUAUCCAUUUUAUGAAGUUACAGAGUCAUACCCAGGUGGCUGCUCAAUUUUGUGAAUUCGUGAUGAAUAUAUGAUAAUGUGUAAGCAGUGUCGACUUAUUGUUACAAUUCAAAUACUAUAUAAGUUUAAAUUUGAA